GUUGGUUACCGCCUUUUGCCCUGGCGGCCGCGAGGAGGGGGGUGGGCGCUUUCUUUUUCUCUUGGAAGAGGCUUUUAGCACAGGUUUUCUCGUUCUCACUUCCAACCCCACCUCGCCACCUCCCGAACCCCCUCCUCCCCCUCCCCACCUAUCGUCAUGACGGCGUCUCCGGAUUACUUGGUGGUGCUUUUUGGGAUCACUGCUGGGGCCACUGGAGCCAAGCUGGGUUCAGAUGAGAAGGAACUGAUCCUGCUGUUAUGGAAAGUCGUGGAUUUGGCCAACAAGAAGGUGGGACAGUUGCACGAAGUACUAGUUAGACCGGAUCAGUUGGAACUGACGGAGGAUUGUAAAGAAGAAACUAAAAUUGACGCCGAAAGCCUGUCUUCCGCGCCGCAGCUGGACCAAGCCCUCCGACAGUUUAACCAGUCAGUGAGCAAUGAGCUGAACAUUGGGGUAGGCACUUCCUUCUGUUUGUGUACUGAUGGGCAGCUUCAUGUCAGGCAGAUCCUGCAUCCCGAGGCUUCCAAGAAGAAUGUAUUACUACCUGAAUGCUUCUAUUCCUUUUUUGAUCUCCGAAAAGAAUUCAAGAAAUGUUGCCCUGGCUCACCUGAUAUCGACAAGCUGGAUGUAGCAGCGAUGGCCGAGACUCUAAACUUUGAGAAGAAUGACUCCGUCUCCCGAUACGGAGCCUCUCAAGUUGAAGAUAUGGGGAACAUAAUAUUAGCCAUGAUCUCAGAGCCUUACAAUCACAGGUUUUCAGAUCCAGAAAGAGUAAACUACAAAUUUGAAAGUGGUACAUGCAGCAAGAUGGAGCUCAUCGAUGAUAACACGGUCGUGAGGGCGCGAGGCUUGCCCUGGCAGUCUUCGGAUCAAGACGUCGCCAGGUUCUUCAAAGGACUCAAUAUCGCCAAGGGAGGUGCGGCACUCUGUCUGAAUGCUCAGGGAAGGAGGAACGGAGAAGCACUGGUUAGGUUUGUAAGUGAGGAGCACAGAGAUCUAGCCCUGCAGAGGCACAAACAUCACAUGGGGAACCGGUACAUCGAGGUUUACAAAGCAACGGGUGAAGACUUUCUUAAGAUUGCUGGAGGGACAUCCAAUGAGGUAGCUCAGUUCCUCUCCAAGGAAAAUCAGGUCAUCGUCCGCAUGCGGGGGCUCCCUUUCACAGCCACCGCGGAGGAGGUGGUCGCCUUCUUCGGACAGCAUUGCCCCAUCACCGGGGGAAAGGAAGGCAUCCUCUUCGUCACCUAUCCGGAUGGUAGACCGACGGGAGAUGCCUUUGUGCUCUUUGCCUGUGAGGAGUACGCUCAGAACGCCCUGCGGAAGCAUAAGGACUUGUUGGGUAAAAGAUACAUCGAGCUCUUCAGGAGUACGGCAGCCGAAGUGCAGCAGGUGUUGAAUCGAUUCUCUUCGGCCCCUCUGAUUCCACUUCCAAACCCUCCCAUCAUCCCGGUACUACCUCAGCAGUUUGUGCCCCCCACAAAUGUAAGAGACUGUAUUCGUCUGCGAGGUCUUCCCUAUGCUGCCACCGUUGAGGACAUCCUGGACUUCCUGGGGGAGUUUUCCACAGAUAUUCGGACGCAUGGGGUUCACAUGGUGUUGAACCACCAGGGCCGCCCGUCAGGAGAUGCCUUUAUCCAGAUGAAGUCUGCAGACAGAGCAUUCAUGGCUGCGCAGAAGUAUCAUAAAAAAGUCAUGAAGGACAGAUAUGUGGAAGUCUUUCAGUGUUCAGCUGAGGAGAUGAACUUUGUGUUAAUGGGGGGCACUUUAAAUCGAAAUGGCUUAUCCCCACCGCCAUGUAAGUUACCAUGCCUGUCUCCUCCUUCCUACACGUUCCCAGCUCCUGCAGCCGUGAUCCCUACUGAAGCUGCCAUUUAUCAGCCUUCCCUGCUCUUCAGUCCCCGGGCACUGCAGCCGUCCACCGCAUACUACCCGGCAGGCACUCAGCUGUUCAUGAACUACACAGCCUACUACCCCAGCCCCCCAGGUUCGCCUAAUAGUCUUGGCUACUUCCCUACAGCUGCUAAUCUUAGCAGUGUCCCGCCCCAGCCUGGCACGGUGGUCAGAGUGCAGGGCCUGGCCUACAAUACUGGAGUUAAGGAAAUUCUUAACUUCUUCCAAGGUUACCAGUAUGCAACCGAGGAUGGACUUGUCCUCCACACAAAUGACCAGGCCAGGACUCUUCCCAAAGAAUGGGUUUGUAUUUAAGGGCCCGAGCAGUUAGAUCGUCCUCAGAAAAGAAGUGUUUGAAAGACGUAUAGUGAUCCUGAAACCGUCAGACAAGAAAGCUUCCAGCAAUUUCAGGGGACGUUUGCAUACACUUGGGCUGCAGUAUUUUCAGCCAACCCGACUGGACAGCAGGCCUGGGCCUCAUCUUUUGGUGGAGUGAAAAAAGUUGAGCCAGUAAAGCCAAAUCUUCUUGUUUUUUCCCCACGUGCACUGGCAAUGCCUUUAUUGACCAUUUAGGGCAGUCAAACACACACACACACACACACAAAGACAAAGUAAGUACAAGACAGAGAAGGACACAGACCUGCAGCACAGUCCCGUCUCCUUUAGCAUUGUCUGCCUGAUCUCAUGGCCCUCUGUCCUCAGGGCCUCGAGAACGCCCCCUCCUCCUUGCCUCACUCACACCAGUGCACAGAGACCCGCUUGGAAGCCAAAUCUUAAUAGCAAGCAGCACACACACACACACCUGGCUCCUUGUUGAGGGCAAGUCGGAAAUUUAAAAUGUGAAUUUGAAGUCAAAUGUCUCACUGCCCGCUAAAGUGGCAUUAAUUACUUCCUAAGUUUGUCUUAAGAGUAAAACAGAUUCCAGUAGUGCCCACCAUCCACCAUCAAUUGCUACAGAAGCUUCUUUGUGUGUUCCCACUCUUCUGUCUCCCCGUUCUCUGUAAAAUAAAACUCUCUUGCUAAGUAAUUUAAGUGUAAGUUCCUAGACUACUUAAAAUACCAAACUAAGAAAAGGAAUAAAAUAAAACUAAUAUUUUCUCAAAUAUUAGUUUUCUUCAAUAUAUGCCAGCAUGAUGCCUUAUAGUUAAAAACACAGAUUUUUUUUAAAGCGCCUCUGACAAGACUGGGCCUGUAGCUCAGUAGGAGAGAGCUUGCCUAGCAUGCUCUAGCCCUGGGUUCUAGUCCCGGCACCCCCUCCACUCAUGCCUAGUUAAAGGGUUUGGAUGUCUUCUCGGCAGGUACCAGUUGUAAAUAAGAAUGAAGUAGGGGCCAGAAUUGGACACCAAAAGUGAGAAGCAGCUACGUGUGGUUUGUGGUUGCUAGUGUGAGCUGUAACUGAGUGCUCGGCUUCAUAUGUAUUAUCUUAUAUUGUACUUUUUUCAUUGUUGAUGGUUUGGACUUUGAUAAGGAAAAACUCCAUAGUUUUUAAUGUCACAGAAAGAAGGUAUUUGAACAGGUGUAUUCUGGAAGCAGUAUACUAACCAAAGUGAAUGCUUGUACAUAUUACGAGCCCUCUUCCCCAAGGCCUCAACUGUCAAGUACUUAAACCCUGUAAAACCGUAAGACUGUAGUCGCGUGUGGACUGACGUGAUCGCUGCCCGCGUGGAACCAGCGCUCCGGAAGUGCAAUCCUAGACGCUAACCAGCCCUCUGCCUCGUGUAACUCAAGGGGAAAGUGAUUUGAUUCAAUGCACAUAUUUCUUCGUUGCUUGUGUUGUCCUUUGCUUGGAUGCAAUGCCAUGCUGCCUUUGCGGCUGCGAUUUUUAGUUACUUUGCAUUAACACCCUCACUGGGAGUCAACAUUACCCUCUUACUUGACCAACAUGAGCCCU